AUGGUUAUUAGCAGAAUGAGGUGGUGGGUGGUGUUUUUAUGGAUUUAUUUCUUUGAUAAACAUAGUUAUUCUGCCUAAUUAUUAAAUAUAACACCUCCCUAACUUUCUGUACCAUUUGUCUCCACAUAUUCAAGCUUAUUCUUCUCGUAAUAUGUUAUCGUAAACUCUCAAUUUAAAGUUACAUGAUCUUAGCUGUUGAUACAGUAUCUGAAAAUGGAGGCAUCCAAUAACACCGACGCCGUGAAUCUUGGUGUUGGUGAAGUCGAAGCCGAAAUAGGAGAAGAACUGAAACAGCUCGAGGAAGGAAAAGAUUAUGAUACCCGCAGCGAAGUAUCAAGCUCAUCUUCAAGUGAUUCAAGCUCUCCAAGCAUAAGCACCGCCAGUUCUAAGUCAAAAGAAAGACGCGCAAAUCGUAAACGUACCAAGUCGGAAAGCCAUUCGCCGAUACAAACUAAAAGAACACGUAUUACAGCCGCUAACAACAAAACAAAGACGUAUGAUUACAUGACGAAACUGAAUUAUCUAUUCAGAGAUACAAGAUUUUUUUUAAUUAAGUCUAAUAAUGCUGAAAAUAUUACACUAUCCAAAGCUAAAGGUGUGUGGUCAACUUUGCCACAAAAUGAAGCAAAUUUAAACCAGGCUUAUAGAGAAUCAAGAAAUGUGCUAUUAAUAUUUUCAGUGAAGGAAAGUGGUAAGUUUGCGGGAUUUGCGCGUCUGAGCAGUGAGUCGAGAAGAGAUGUGCCACCCAUAUCAUGGGUACUGCCGCCGGGAUUAUCUGCUAAGGUACUAGAUGGUGUGUUUAAAGUAGACUGGAUCUGCCGCAAGGAGCUGCCAUUCAGUAGCACUCUGCACUUGUAUAACCCCUGGAAUGAAGGAAAACCUGUAAAAAUCGGACGAGAUGGUCAAGAAAUCGAGCCCAAAGUUGCUGAGGAAUUAUGCCGAUUAUUUCCAGAAGACGAAGGUAUUGAAAUGACACCAAUACUUCGUAAGUCAAAAGAGGCCUCUAAAAAAGCUUACUUAAAGAGUGGUGGUAAUUAUAGAACAUAUAGAGCCCCACUGUUGACAAGAGGUUCUAAUUUUAGAGCAAGGCUGAACACAUCUUCUAGGAGCCGGCGUAAAAUUUUUAUGCCUCCUAGGAACAGACUGUCAUCUGGGUCAUACAAGAGAAGGUCUCCAUCACCAUACAUGCGUGAUAGGCUGCCACUGUGGUUUACACGUGGUCGGGACAGCUACAGCAGCAGUAGUUCAGCAGCAGCAGAGGCAUAUGUGGCAGAGUACAUGAGAUCUAUGCACCACCAGCUCCCACCACUACCAUAUGUGCCUCCGCCAGGAUUCAGUGGUGCACUUGCGUCGUAUGAUGGCCUGCCUCCGCCACCACCGCCGCCUCCACCUCGAUACUAUGAUGCCCCAUUAGCAGAUUAUCCCCGAUCAGUGCUAGUGUACGAUAAGAGGUCCUAUGAACGUUCAGUGGAUGAGUUUUUGUGGCGUACAUCUGACCGUUCGCGCGGUCGUAGCCGCGACCGUGAUUCCCACAGAUCUUACCGUGACAGACGGUAAAGCCUGUAUCUCCACCGAUGUAUUAAAUAAUUGAUUAUCAUUAAUAAAUAAAAAUUGUGUUUGAA